AGAGCUCUUAUCGAUUGCCGCGACUUUGCCGCGUCUGUUGCCUGCGACCAUUCACUCUCCGGCAACGUCACUUGCAAUUGAUUGCUCCCAGACACGCUUCGACGCAACAACUGCUUUCACAUCGCAAACGCAAAUCAUCCUGAUCGCAUACGGAGACUAGUUUUCUCUACCUGUUUUAAGAAGCCAGAGUAUCACGCCAACCUAAUAAUUACCGGGCAUCUUACCGAAGAAGCACCGCGCACCACCUUCACGACAUCGCGCCAAACAGCACUCGUUCUCCAUUGCGACGAUCCAUACACAAAAACGACAGCUACAUACUACCCAUCAUGGCCGACACCGAAGAGGAUAACUCGGCCCUCGCCUCCUUCUUCCCCGAUCCUCCUCUCUUCUGGAAGGCCUUCACCCCGUCGAACCUCCAAGCCUUCGCCGAGCUUAAACAGCAAUAUGCCUCCCAACAAGGCAUUCCCGUCGAAGACGUCGUCCGCAUCCCAAAUCUCCCCGCCGAUUCAGACCUCAUAUACCUCCAACCACCAGCCGAGCCGAAAGAUGGAACAUGGCGAUUAUACGGCGAACCUCAAUCACUAGAAGAAUCCCUCCAACCCCUCGAAUCAGCCGGCAUCGAACGUCUCGGUCCUCCCCUCCCCGGCUCAACCACCACAUCAGAUUCCCAAACCACCGCCAGCGACAGCCAAACAACAACCCAACCCCUUUCCGUUGGCGACACCCAACCCACCUCCGCUUUCCCCUCCCAACAACCCACCUCCCAACUCCCCCCUUCCACCUUGUCGGCCCCCGGUGCCCCCUCAACCCAAACCCACGACACCCUCCACCUCCACCUCAAACGCCUCUCCAAAUCUCUCCUCCUCAACUUCCUCGAGUUGGUGGGUAUCAUGUCCAUCGACCCCUCCCGCGGUUCGGAAAAGGCUUCCGACCUGCGCACUUUGUUUCUCAACUUCCACCAUGUUUUAAACGAGUACCGCCCGCAUCAGGCUAGGGAGCAACUGAUUCAGUUGAUGCAGGAGCGAUUGGAUCAGACGAGGGCGGAGACGGCGGCGAAUCGGGCGGUUGCGGAAAAGGCGAGAAGGGUACUGGAGGGGUUGGGGAGUGUGGAGAUUCCGAUGGCGACAGAAACAGGAGGGUUGGGAGGGGAUGGAUAUGCAAUGGGCAGGAAGGGGACGGUAGUGGGGGAUAGGAGGGUGGGUGUUGAUGUUGAUGGGGUGGAUGAGGAGGGGAGGUAUUGGGAACGGGAGGGGAUGGGGUGGGGGGUUUUGGAUGCGGAGUUUGCUUGA